AUAAACCUGGCAACCCCGAUCUUUCCGCCGCUCUUCAAUAACAUCACUAUAACUGCGCUGUUAGAGCGUGGGCUCUGAGAGAUCCGCUGCUUACAGCUUUUCAGCUUCUUUUUCGAAGACUUUUCUGACAGCGUCAAACAAGGGGCAAUGAAUGAAGAGGAGCAAUUUGUGAAUAUAGACUUGAAUGAUGACAACAUCUGCACCAUCUGUAAGCUAGACACGGACAGAGGAACUCUGUCCUUCUGUCAUGUCUGCUUUGAACUGAGCAUAGAGGGACAUGGACCAAAUGAACUUUAUACAAUAGGUGUGUCUGCUGCCACUCUGCUACACUCCACAUCUUUGCGUGGGCACAGGGACUGUUUUGAGAAGUACCAUCUCAUUGCCAACCAGAAGGUCUCACAUGGCAAGACCUCACACAGUACCUAUGAGGGUGUCAAACGUGCGCUGAGCCAGCAGAUCAGUCGCAUUGUGCAGUAUGCCCAGAACAGAGACUCUGGCUCUAAUCACCAGCUCCUGUUUCACACGCAUCGGAGUGACGGAAAGUUGACGACCCAGUCAGGUGCCCAGGUUCCUAGAUAUGCCCCUCGCUGGGUGGAGGGUGCAUGUCCAGGGGAAACGGAGGAUCUUGAGCUUCUCCAGGACUCUGGGCAGCUGUGGAGGAAUGAACAGAAGCACACACUGCAACAGCAGGGAGGCGGAGAACAGCAGGAAAGACAUACAGGACACAGCCGAGAGGGAUUGGUGAAAAUGAGUGUGGAAGAGCUGCAUCAGCUGAACUCACAACUCUUGUUGCAGAUUCAAGAGGUCUUUGAAGAGCUUUCACUCGCUGUGCAAGAGAAGGAUUCUUUGACAUCUCAGCUCCAUGUUCGUCACAUUGCAAUUGAGCAACUCUUUAAGAACUGCGCCAAACUCCCAUGGCUUCAGAUUGGCAGAGCCGGGGUCAAAGCCAGCAAUCCCUCAGUGGAGUGAAAUGUGAGUUGUCCACCGUGGAUUGAAGAACUUCCUUCAGUCUGAGGUGACCAGGAUAAUGGUUACACUUGAGUCACAUGCUCUGUACUCCAUGUGUAUAAUCUUGAGUAGAUGUGGUCGAUGUAUUUGUUACCGCAGUAUUUGGAAAAGAGAAGUCUUGAAUGUGACCAACACAAGGAGUUUUGGACCUUCUUUAAGGUGGACCUGUGGUUACUAUGCAGACUGAGGUCAGCCUGACCCAUGACCUCAUCAACAUUAACUUGAAUAUUGUUUUUUAAUACUUUUAUGUUAUGUCUGACAUUUCUAUUUAUUGCUGUUAGUAAAUAUUAUUUUUGUA